AUUCGUUUGCUCUUGUUUUUAUCAGGUAAGCAUCAUUUGUAGACUACAUUUUCAGAGAGAAAUGGGUAUAUUCCCUGGCUUGAUCAAUCAGAACACACAACAGCCUCCAGAGGUCGAGUCCAAGAGAUCUAGGAAUGUUAAAACUAAGUCAGUGUCUGAGACUUAUCCAGAGAACAGAGAAGAAUUAAAGAAGCAAUUAAAACUUUGGAGAGCUUCAGAUAAGAAAUCUCCAUGGUAUGAUUAUCCUCCUAAAGUUAAGGUGACAAACGAAAAGGAUCUUUACCAUUUGAACAUGAAAUUUACAAUAGGAUUACCUCCUGAAGCAGUCUUCGAUAUACUCACUACUUAUGAGAACCCAUCAUACUUCACAAUGAUGAAAAAGCGCCAAACUCUGGAACACGUAUCAAGUAAAGUUUUUAGCGAUCUUGGACCGACAGAGAAGCACGUGAGGGUGGAAAAAGCUGCUCCCUGGAGGUUCCUUUGGUGGUCUGGAUCUAUCCCGGUACAUCUAACUUUCAAUGAGAGCCGGAAAGAUUUCAGCACACUAUAUAUGAUUCCUAAAAAGAACGUGAUGUUCAUGAAAACGUUCUAUGGUAAGUGGCAAAUAGAGCCAUGGUACGUAGAUAACAUGCGCUUUUGCAAGCCGAGGCUCCCAAAGAAUCGAGAAGAAUAUAGACAAUGUACCGGUGGAAAAGGAUUGAUUGGCUCGAGAGUGACAUUGGACCAGUAUUUUCAGCCUUCUUCUUAUCUUAACCUGCCACCACUUUCUUGGUACAUCCGUAGGGCCACCGUCAAGACCACCAAGGCUCUAAUCGAAGAUCUUCAAAUUCAGGCCGCCGUUAUCAGAAGCGUUUGAAACUCUUUCCAAUCCGAUAUUUGCUAGUUAUACCAUUUUUAUACAAACAUUAACCUCAAAUAUUGGAAUACUGUAAAAACAAUUUCACGUUCUGUCAAGAAGAAAGAAAGAAUCACUUUAUAUAAUUCCGAACAUCGGAAUACUAAUUGGUAAAAAACCCAAGAAUUU